AUGCAUCGACCACUUACAAUAUUCCGAGCUCAACAAUAUCCCCAUGCUCGAUGCAUCCGUAUAAUUGCACAGAAUCGACUCCGAUGUCCGAAAUCAAGCCUCCCAGUCACGAAUCUAUACAGCAACCAGAGGUGGAUAUAUUCCUACAAAGCAGACGGAAAUACGGAGAGACAGAACAACCCGGAACCGACUAUCUCCAAGAAAAGAGCAGCACAACAUGAUGGUUCAAAACGACGAUCAAAGACCAAAUCGCCAAUUCCUUUGGGAAUUCGCCUGAAUGGAGCUAAAGAAGUAACCCUGUCCAGUCAGAAUACAGUCUCAGACAAAAUUUCCUCAUGGGAGCGUCGUAUCGUAACGGUUCGUCACAGACAUGGAGAUCGGGGAGUUUGGGACAUCUUUUUGCAGCUCCAGAACGAAGGCGAGGUGCAUCUUGUAACCGAACCUCGAGCCGAAUUUCUGCGCGACAGCAUCUUGAAGGCAGCACUGACACAUGUUGACCGGAUGGAGGAGGUUUUCACAGUUUCUCAGGAGCUCCAAAAGACACACCAUUUCGAAUGGCCCGAAUUAUACUUGAAAGUGGUUCAUUUCUAUCUGGUCCAGACUGACUGCGAGGCUGCAUUUCGUUGGCACUUGAAACUCAUGCCUACUUUCCGUCCAGAUUUGAAUAGCUUCGGUGCCUUCCUGGCAAGCUUUGCUAUUGACCUUUCCCCUGUUAUUCAGAGCACAUUGACCAGAAUAUACGUCUUUAACCCUUAUCGCGAGCUGUACGACUAUGUUGUCCCAACUCUCUUCGAUUCUGGGCAGUCACAUGCAGCUCGCGUUUGGAGGAAGCGUUUCGUUUUGUUCAAUGACCAUGCCAUGUCGCAAAAAUCUAUGCCAUUUCUUGACUUUUUGUCCCGCUACUUUCCCAAAGUGCAGCUCACCAAUGAAGAGUCAGCAAUACUCAACCGAGAUGCGGUUACCAAUGAUGAUGGUGCGGCAUCUGAUAUAGCAGACAAUGACAUCCACUCAAGUCAGUACAAGGGCUUGUUCAGCGAUAAUUUUACAGCACGGUGGUUCGCCAGCUCUUGGACGUCGUCCGAGUUUGCAAUCAAUCUCAUGCAUAAACUUGGCCUUCGGACAAUUGGACCACAAUCAUUGCAGUCAGUUGCUCUAAGAGAACAAGAUGUUCAAGGGGUCAAUGAUCGCUUGGCACAGUUUCAAGAACUGGAAAUCGACAUUUCCCCAACAGUUUAUUGCAAUGCUAUUAUAUCAUUUGCUCAAAGAGGAGAGGACGAGCUGCUCAGAGACCUGUUGCACUGCGAUAUACAUCCCGAUGAAUUCGAAAAUUCGGAGACCAGAGUGAUGCUGCUCGCUGCUUCUGCCAAACAGCAGGACUGGAGUCGGGAACGACUACUCCAAGAAGUCGAGGCUCUGAUGGCUAAGCCAGCACCAAGAAAAAAAAAGACACUCUCCGAAGAGCUUAACAAUAAUCUCUGGGCUGCCCUGUCAACACAAGGACUGGCGAAAGUGAGGAGCGUUUUUGACAAGAUGGACAACCUGAGUGUCAGUAUAGAACAGACGAACUCAGAAGUAUUUCUUGCCCGUGUGUUUGAAGGCAUUUGGUAUCACCCAAAAUUGAGCAAACAGAAACUCCAUGGCUACCAAGGGGACCCCCAGCUUGAUAGAGCUAUCCAUUUAUCUCUGCGGGUAGCACGGCAUGGGGUUGCUAUUCCUAUCAAGUAUUGGCAAAUCCUGCUCUAUAACCUUGGGCGUCUGGGGCGAUUCAAUGAGCUUGAGAAGCUCAGUCACGAGAUAUGUGAACUGUACAGUCCGGAUCCUGGGGGUCUGAUUCCUGUACAUCGCUGUGAUGUGCCGCCCAAACCCAAGUCGAAACCCAAGAUAUCAAACAAUGACACUGGGGGAUGGGUCGAGUACCACUCCUUUCCGGACGGCAAGAAGAAGAUAAGCCACUUCAAAGAGGAGUUUUGGAGAGCUGAGAUAGGCAUGGCCGAAGAGGAACCGAAAGAGAUUGCGACCAAACCAGAACCUGCUACCAAGUCUGACAACCUCUCGAAAAAAGGCGAUCCUGAGUAUACUUUUUGCAUACCAGCCGACUUACCCUUUACCAAUAGGCAACAUCCCAUACAGAAGAUUUUUGAUAUGAGCCUGCAGCGUGCCAUCAUUCGAUGGGGCUUUGACAGGACUCUGGGACAAGAGCCGAUCCAGCUUUCCCUUGCAAGGGUCAAGCCAGGAGGAAUUACAGACUUCGAUUUAGCAUGUGGCGUCCGUCUUUUGGCUCUGCUGAGGCAAAAGGGCGUCUACGUCGAUCAACAAGUUGUGCGAAGUGCUAUCAUCAAGCGGCUCGCAGUGGCACACCUGCCAGGAAGGACAAGAGCAAGGGCGAGAGACGAUAGGGAGAUGUCGCCCACGAAUAUCAAGGAGUUGGUGGAAAAGGCCUGGGGCUCUGCAAUUCUUCCCAACGAGAAACAGUUGUCCUUGGAGUUGGAGAAAAUGAAGCCAAAGUUGUGGAAGAACUUUCCAAAGCUUUUCGAGAAGAGUUAUGAUAAAAACGAAAACAAGUGA